AUUCAACAUGAAUAGAAUAUAUAUGUGUAUUUUUCAGAAUGGAAUCUAACUCAAAUAUAUUCCAUGGAUUGAUUGCAAGAACUUUGCGGAUUUCUAAUGAUGAUUGACUCAGGUUAAACCUAUAAUGCCGACUGCAAAACUAAGCCUUCGAAAUUAUUAGCAUAGAAGAAUCGGUAGAAAACUCUGUUUUAAUAAAAUGUUUCACUGUGAACAAACUGACGAAGCUUGCUGUUGUUGUAGUUGCAAACCACAAGAUGAUCUACAGAGUUUCCCGUCGAAAGCAAAUGAUUUUCACUGUACUCUACCAUCAAAUAAUCUUAUUCUGAAGAAUAAACAUUCCAUGGAACGUUUACCAUUGGUUUUAAUUUUAGAACAAGUCCACUGUGAAAACAUGCCUAAUUCUUCAACCGUACAAACGAAUAGUGAUGUUCAACAUCUUGUUCCAGGACAUAAUGUGUCGAAUUCUGAAAAUACUCUACGGACAACAAACACGUUCGAUGUUGAAGAUGACAACGUUGGUGAUUCAUCUCUUCAGCCUAAUCUGCCUGACUUAACACAUUCUAUUCAUUCACACCACAAGCUUAAGUCGCAAUAUGGAUACGAAUCACAACUCAAUGAAUGCAUAAAUCCUAUAUAUUCAGAUCAGUAUCAUAGAAAAACUGAUCAACAACAGUGUUAUUCAACAGAAAUCAAGUUGUACUUAAAUAAUAAUCGGAUAACAAACUAUGAAAAGGAUAACUUCAGUGAAACUUACGAUUCUGAAAAUCUUAAUGACCAAAUUCAGAAAGAAAUCUAUCAUGUGAAAGCUGUACCCUGUAAAAUCAUGUAUACGAAUCAUGACAAUUCGUCGCCUAAAGCUUAAUAUCUUACAAGAUAUUUCAUUACCAUUCAUGUCAGCAUCGAGCUCUGAUUCUGUCGAUUAUACAUUAUCAUCACAGAUCAUUGCAAAAAAUCCAAGAUAAUAGUCUAUAAAACGAGGAUAAUUUUGUGAGCAAUCUUUAAAACAAUCUAAUUGAAAAAACAUCAAUCAAGCAGUAUCCUCUAAAGUUGACAAAUAAUGUGAGAAACUGCUGAUCAACAUCUAACGAAAUAUCUGUCUUUGAAAUGUGUCGAAGAUUGUUCCAAUUGAAUAUAAAAAUGAUUGGAAAAGGAAUCAGAGUAUGCUCACAGUUUAAAUUAUUUGAAAAAAGAUUCAAGCACCAAGAGAGAUGGCACUGCAAACAGAAUUGCUCAACACACGAAAUCAUGUUUUCUAAUGAAAAACAUUGUUUAAAGUAACAUUUUUUUACAAGUUACCAUAAAUUCAAACACCCAUUCGAUCAAUUUUUCAUAUUGUUAAAUGAUCAACAAAGUAACCAUCAAGUGCAGUUGAACAAGUGUUUACAGUCGUUUUGGUUUUCAUUAUUCAUCGAAACAAAUCAAUUUAACCGAUAAAAGUGACUCUCAGUGAAAAUCUGAGCAAAGAUUAUUUGUGAGAAAAUGACAUUGAAACAACUCGUAUUUCAUUAAACAAAACUUCACAAAGUUUCUCAACAGAAUGCUGUUCAUGAAGUUCAAGUUGGGAAACACUAUCAUCGAUUAAGUCAAAUAUGGUUGUGAACAAGGUAUGAUUUUUUCGUUUGUAUUGGAUAAAGGAAGAAAUUCAGUAUAAUGCUGUGGGGAACAAAUGAGACAGACUGUGUUACUGCCACCACUCACGAACGCUAACUGAACUCAGUAAAUUAACUGCCAUACAAUUCUUGCAGAACGGAUUUUGGAAAUAAAAAAAGUCUUACAUAUUACAAAGGUGACUGCAAAGGCAGUAGGUUAUGCAACUAGGAGAAACAUUCUUAUCAAGAUAACGGACAUGGCUUAUAAAGUCAAUCACAAGAUUGAAUCGCUCACAUAUUUGCUAUGAAUGUUGGAGGACCUUGAAUUCCACUGAAAUUUAACACACUACUGCAAAAAAAAACAAUUGCAUUUUCUAAUAUCACAUCGUCUUCCGUUUACUCUUUAUUCAUCCACGGUGGUUUCGACAUUUCAUAUCGAUUCGAAAAAUGUUUCUGUCAUUUUAGAAACAAACUGUGAUAUUGUUCAAAAUUUCAAUAAUAAGUUUUUAUUAUUUCAAAGCAUGGAUAGUGAUAGUUAUUGCAAACAGUCAACUGAUAAAAAUAUUGAAACAAGUUCACAUUGUCAACCUCCUACUCUUAAAAUUCAUGAUGGAAGAUCAGGACAACAAUUAUGAUGUACAAAAUCUCCAAAUUGAAUUUUUUCUCUUGGUCAGAUAGAUUUCAGCAUAAAUCUAACUCAUUUAGUGUUGAUUUACAGAAAGUGGAUUGAACAGAAGGAAACCAGUUUAUCAUUAAUUGAAAGAGAUUUUCUGAUUACUCUCAUCGGAUGGUUUGGGUAAAAGUUUCCUAACUACGAAAAUCAGAAGUACAAAAACGAUUGCCACAAAAAAUGACUGUUUAUUACAAAUCAGCAAACCAUUGACAUUCAUUAAGCAUAUAAAAAAUCGUAGCGUUAAUCAGUCCAAAAUUAAAUAUGUAUGCCAAAUCCAUGCCAUCAAUGAAAAGAAACUUGAAAAAUAUAUAACUUAUAUCAAGGAAACUUUUCCCAACUCUCUAUUGUACUUCAUUAUAGGAAAGUGGAACUUAAAAUGCUCUUCUUCCCGAUAUCCGAAACAUUUCUGAAAAUACUGACAUGUUUUAUGAAAAGCAAAGAUGGUUUUUUAUGCAACCACAGUAUUAUCUUAGUCCAG